CUUAAUCAUACCGUCACUGCGUCGCAGCGCUGGACGAAUGGACAAAUGAAAAUGAAUUCGGUGAAUUAACUUAAAAAAAAAAAGAACAAAAAAUAUAGAAGUAAAAAAACGGCUAAAUGUCUCAAAAAUAGUAAUAAAAACCAACGGAAAAAUCCAAUUUCAUCAGAAUAAAUGGCAUAAAAAGUCAAACUAAUUGGAGCGAAGGUGUGCAAACGACGAGUCUACGGUCAGCCGGAUGAAGUGAAGUUAAAAGAAAAGCAUAAAAAAUCGAUAGAAGUGAAAGAGCGAAUUAUUUUGGCGACACACAACUUCAGUAAAAAAGCAUAAAGGACGUGAAAUACAAUGGGUUUAACGGAAUAUUUCAAUUGAUUUGUAUAAUUGCCAAAAGCAUGAGAAAGCCUUGGAGACCAAUUGAUCACUAUAAUUCAGUGUAAUUACAGGCAAUACAGUUAUCGAAGUGUGAUUUUUUUUUAUUAUAAAAGGUGGAAUUGGCAGCGCAGGAGAAUUAACAAAGCUGACUUAAGAGCACACAAAUAGUAAUAAGAAAAUGGCGAAGACUAAAAAUAAUAACCUGCUAAUGCAUGGACUCAUUUUGGUAGCUAUUUUGGCGACUGCCAAAAGUGCCGAGGCGGAAAUUACAAUGGAGGCAGCUUUUCAAGGUCACUGUGGUCACACGAGUCCAUGCGAACAGUUAUGCUACGAAAUCCACGAUGGAAUGUACGAGUGCGAUUGCAUAGAGGGGUACGAACUGAACAAAAACGGUUACAGCUGUCAAGUAAUAAACUCCACGAACAGUGCGGAUGGUCAUUCGAAAUCCGAUGAGGAUGUACUUUAUCAAAAGGGCGCUUCGUUUAGCGCUAAGCUUGGUUAUGCGCCCUCAACAUCAUCGAUGACUGGUGAUACAGCGAAUCUGGAGGCUUCAGCGCCCUUUUCGUCGGCAUCAUUCUCGAUGGAGGAUGUCGAGGGUGUAGAGGACGAUAACUUUUUCUACGAUGACGCGACACGCAACGACCAGCGUACAAAGGUCAAUUCAAACGAUUAUUACAUAUCAUCUGAAGACGUCUAUUUCAGUAAUGGCGAUGAACAAGAGUUAACUAAUACUAGCCAAGAUGUACCUGAGUUGAAAACUAAACUGACAGAACCGACAACGACACGGAGCGCAAUCAAUUCCCGCCGCGUUGUAGUAACUGCCACAACUGACGAUCCCCUAGAAGCGUCCACAAAUAAAAAAUCCAUACGAAUUCAUUUGAAAGCGGAACCCAAGCCCACUGCAAUGAAUAAUGGGCCGCACAAGACACGGAAUUCAGCUCGCAUUCAAAAGGGCACACCGUCAGUAACAUCAACAACUACACAAGCAAUUAAUCAUAAUGAUAAUAAUAAAAAUAAGAUAGUGAAUACACUGAGCAAUGACCUAGACAUGGAUGAGCCCAACUUUGGUGGUGUCGCCGUCAAGCAGCCUCAUAUGCGCACAUCCAGUCAGAGUCAAAGUACAUAUCAGGAUCAGCACACUGCGGUGGCAGCGGAUCUCUACAAUAAAAACAAUAAAAGCAACAACACAAAAAAGUCAGCUGCAGCAAGCGCGAGCUCCAAAUUGAGCAAGUUGAGCACCACGAGAGCAAACAGCUCGUUUUCUAUGAAUGUUCACGCUUGCGAUUUGGAUUGUGGCACGGAAGGUGUGUGCGAACGUGUGGACGAUGCUAACAAAUGCCUUUGUCCCUUUGGAAGAAGUGGUGAGCGGUGCUUGGAAGAAAUUAAAAUACGCACGCCGAAGUUUUCGAAGCAUUCGUGGUUAGCCUUUCCGGCACUGAGGGGUGCUUAUAAGCAUGUGCAGAUACGAGUAGAAUUUCGACCAGAGUCAUUCGAUGGCAUAAUACUACUUAGCGGUGAGAGAGAUGACCUCACCGGAGAUUUUAUGGCGCUUCUAUUGAAUAAAGGAUUCGUUGAGUUUUGGUUUGACUGCGGAUCUGGCGUAGGCAGUGUACGGUCACGUGAGACAAUAUUGUUAAACGAGUGGAACUCGGUGAUAAUUUAUCGUCACCGUUGGGAUGCUUGGUUGGUACUAAACCAUGGCACCAAAGUUCAGGGUCGCUCUAAUGGACUCUUUUCUCGCAUAACAUUCCGUGAACCGGUCUUUCUGGGCGGCACUGGCAACAUAACGGGCUUAACAAAGCGUUUACCCGUCAAUAAUGGUUUUAUCGGCUGCAUAAGACGCUUUGUGGCGAACGAACAUGAGUACAAGUUCGAGGAACAUCCAUUGGGGGAUGUUACCAAGGGUUUUGACAUACAGGACUGCAUAACUGACAAAUGCUUCACAUACCCUUGUCAACAUGGCGGCAAGUGUUUGCCCUCUGAUCAGGGUGCUGUUUGCUUAUGUCCCAUCGGUUUUGUCGGCGAUCUUUGCGAAAUACGUAUGGAUCUUCAGGUACCCGCUUUUAAUGGUUCGUCCUACCUGCGUUAUGCGCCACUCGGCGAUAGUGCGUUGAUUUGGUUGGAACUGAAGAUUAUUUUGAAAGCGGAACAACCCGACGGUCUAAUAUUGUAUUCUGGUUCGACGAAACAUGGUGAUUUCAUCGCCUUAUCGCUGAGCGGUGGUUUUGUUGAGUUCGUCUUUGAUCUUGGCAGCGGUCCAGCUAUUGUAAGGAGUGAGUACCCUUUGAGCAUUGGACAAUGGCAUACAGUAAAAGUGUCACGUACAGCAAGACUAGCGGUUCUAAAGAUCGAUACAUAUCCGGAAGUAAUGACAAUCUCCUCAAAUGGUUUCUGGCAUCUCUCACUGCCUGAAAAUAUCUUUUUGGGCGGUGUGAAUCACGAAGAUAAACUACCGUUGGAUCUGAAAUCGAAACCGUUCUUCGUGGGUUGCAUACAAAAGAUCGAUAUCAAUGGGCACUCACUGGCGAUUAUUUCGGAAGCUUUAGGUGGUACAAAUAUCGGCAAUUGUCCGCACGCUUGCGUGGCUAGGCCGUGUGGCCCACUUGCCGAAUGCAUACCACAAAUGGAGAGUUAUGAAUGCCGUUGCAAUGCAUUCAGCACUCAAUGCAAUAAGGCAGCCGAGGUACCACUAGAGGAAUUACAAAAGAAUAAAGCGAAGAAGAAGGAAAAUAAAGAAAAACCUAAAAUUUACAGUAAACAUACGGCACAUUUACCUAAGCAUACGAAGGCGGGUGGACACUCCAAAUUGCAUAUGAGUAAAGUGCCUUCUAAGGGUAUAAAAGCACCCAAAACCCACCACACCACAGUCAGUCCCACAACGGAGCGAACCACCACUUCAAGCCACAAACGCAUGGAACACGGCAGCCGACGUAGGCAGUCUUGGGAACCGGUGGAGGAAGAUGUGGUCGAGAAGACAGAUGAUGAUAUCAUAUAUCGAGAUACGCGGCAUCUAGAUGAAGAAAGCUACUAUAAUGAAGAACCGUUACCAAGAAAACAUAAGAAAGAAAAGCGUAAAGAAAAACACACAACUAAAGAAAGUGAAGUGUGGUCAACGAAACACCGUGAUAGUUCCAAGGUGCGCGGCAAAGAUGAUCACCAACACAAAAACGUCUACGAUUUUAAACUAAGCCGAUUGCCGACACACUACGAAAGUUUCCAAACGAAUCCGGAAAUCGACAUACUGACAUUCGAUGAGAAUGUCGAAGUGGAAAUUGGUGUAGACCCAGACAAGGAUUACGAGCAGAAGCCGGAUGUUAAACAGAAAAAUGUUAACGAUAACAAAAACGACAUUGGAUCGACGCAGGAUGUUUUCAAGCAAGAUGAUCUCGAUAGCAUACCGUCUGCGUGGAAAAAUGAUAUGUACGAAGAUGAUCGGCGGCAUGCGCACGAUGCCAUGAACGAAGAAACCAAAUCCGAACCGUUUUUUGUGGACGACAUACUGUUCGACAGCAAAAGCGACGGCACCGACGAUUAUCAUCGCAAGGAGUUGGUACAGGAUAUGCGACGCAUACUCGCCAAUGGCCCCGAGAAUACAUCUAAUAAUAAAGAGCUAAAGCUGGUCGUAGAUGAGUACGAUUACGAAAGUGACGAUAUUAGUCAAGAAGAUCCAACGAAAUUCAAUAUAGAUGAGAAAAAUAGUUUUAACGACACUUUUAGCAUAUCGUCGGAACUCGAUGCUGAGUUUAAUGAAAUGAAUGAUGAUAUUCUCGAAGCGGUGCAGACAGUCGUUACGGAAAAGGCGACUACAGUUAAACAAAACAAACCGUCCCCCACCAUUGACACCCAAACGGAUUGGAGUUUAUUGAAGAAAAUGCAAUUGCCGGCGGAUCAUCAGAGCCAAUUUGUUGGCGUACGCAAGAAUUUCGGCGCUUGCUUUGCUGGCGAGGACAGUUACUUUCAUUACAACGACGCCGAGACGAUGAGUCAGGUUAUAAGCUACAAUAUAGACUUGAAUUUACGCAUUAAGACGCACUCACCGAAUGGCGUUAUUUUGUGGACUGGACGACAAGGCACGACGGAGGAAAAUGCUGACUUUCUAUCUUUGGGUAUCGAAAAUGGUUAUCUACAUUUUCGCUAUGAUUUGGGUUCCGGAGAGGUCGAUAUAAAAUUCAACACGAGCCGAGUGAGCGACGGUCUUUGGCAUCGGGUCCGUGCAUUCAGAGACUCACAGGCUGGCUACUUGGAGAUAGAUGGCAGAAAAACAACAACACAAUAUUCGCCUGGCAAAUUAAAACAAUUGAAUACAGACACCGGACUCUAUGUCGGUGGCAUGCCCAAUGCGAUUUACUUCACACGACGAAAAUAUGCGAAUGGCAUUGUCGGCUGCAUUUCGGAGAUCGUGUUGGCUGGCGAAUUGAAAUUGAAUUUCGAUCCUAAUACGCUGGGGACAGCACACAAUGUCGAAACGGGAUUACUUUGAAAUACCGUUAUAAAAACGUAUCAACAACCGUCAAUACUACUGACACUAGUUUAAUAGUCCGUUUGGUUUGUUCGAGCAGUGAGUACUUUUUCGGUUUGUACAAAGAGAUGAUUUUACACUCAAACAACAAAAAAAAAAAAAACGAAAAAACAAAAAGAGGAAAGAAUUAAAACUAAAUUAGUUAAACUUAGAAGGUAGCUAAUAUGUAUACAUGUAUACUAUAAAUAUAUACACAAAAACACACAUACACGCUGACACAAAUUUGCAACUGCAAAAAUUGCGCAUACAUAACGUACAUACACACACAAACAUAUGUACAUGCAUAAUAGGUCUAUAUACACACGUACAUAUAUACAACUAUAUAUAAAUAUACAUAUAUAUUUUAAAUAAUGCUUCAACUAAGCCUGUGACUGUCAAUAUUUAAACAAAAAACUUAAGAAAAUUAAAAAAAAAAACUAUUACAACAAAAAUGUAUGCAAAACAGCACACAAAAUAUUAUAGUAACACAUACAAACAAAAAUAAAAAAAAUUUAAAAAACACAAAUAACAACAAAAAAAUUAAAUAAAAAUAAAUGAAAAAAUUAAAAAUAAAAAAUUACAACAAAAUAAAAAAAUAUAUGUAAUACUAAUGAAAACGCGCGUAAUGAACUUAAGAAGGCUAAUUUGCAUCGCAUUUUUCUACAAAAAAAGCAAAUUUAAUAAGAAGACAUAUUGAAAACCAAAAACUGAGAAAGUAGGGUUAGUUGUACUAAAUGUUUAACUUGAAUUCUCACCAAUUCUGCAAGACACGUAAACGUAAGCAAAAACCAACGGAAAUCGGAUGUUGAAAACAGCUAUCUGCGGUGUGAACGGCGCCUAAUAAAUUAAAAAAUAUAAAAAUGCAUACAUACAGACAACACACAUACAUACAUACAUAAUUGCAUGUGUGUGCGUCUGUGUGCAUACUUGCAUAACUAUAUACUAUUUGUAAGCAUAAAAAUACUGUAGUGUAGAUAUUGGUGUAAACACAAAUACUCAGCUAUCACACACACACACACACACAAAUGCAUACAUAUGAACGUCUGCUGCAGAAGUAACGAUAAUUUAUUUGGUGUUGUAGUGGUAAUUGUAAGUUAACUUUAAAGUCACAAAACUAUAUAUGAAACGGCAGAUGUGCAGCUACGAUAUCAUUUAUGUUUAAGAGCUGGAGUAUAGAAACGAAAAAAUAUAUAUUAAAAAAACUAAAAAAAACAAAAAAAAAGAUUAAAAAUAUAUAAGAUGAGAAAUAACUAAGCAAAAUGCAAAACACUUUUUAUAGCGAAAUUUUGAAAAUUUUUAAAUUGUAUUAACACAAACAACAAAAACAAAGACGUAUAAUAUAACAUUUGCAUAAGCAAAAUAUGUAUUUAACGAUAAAAAACACAACAACAGCAACAACAAUUAGUGCGAAACUUACACGCUUUACAUGAAUAUAUGUGAAUGUACUAUUUAGGUUAUGUCUCACAUAUGUAUGCUAACAGCCACUAGCUAAAUAACACAAGCCAAGUGUAAGCAAGCGUUUUCAAAAACAAAAAAAUGUAUACAUAUAUACAGAUAUAAAUAAAAAAAAUCACACACACACAUGUAUACACAUACAAAAUAGUAAAUAUGUACAUACAUACAUACAGCCAUGCAUAAAUACAUACAAACAAGAAAUUUAUUAAGCCCUCUUACAUUUAUUUCUACCGCAAAUAUAACAGCUAAUUUACUAUAUUUGGUUUUGAAUUUUUUAAACAAAUUUUUUUUAACUAUUAUUUUCACUGAGUUACGGUAACAAAUACUAAGCAGAAAAUUUUCAUAAAUUCGUUUUUUUAUUAGUGUGUGCAUUUUUAACAAAAUUUUUUAUAACCUAAAAAAAUGAAAUGUGUGAUUUUCUUACAAAUUAUUAAUAUUUUAAUUUAAAUUAUCAAACAUGAACUUUUUCAAAAGUUCAUAUUUCAAUGUGCUUGCUUUUUUAGGUGUAAUUAUUUUUGAAAUUUUUUUUUUCAUAACCUAAAACACAUAUGUACAUAUGUAUAAGCAAAUAGUAUGUGUUAUUUCGUUACAAGCUAUGUAUUAAAAUUUUAAAUUAAAAUACCAGGAAUAAAAUUUUCAAAAAUUCGUAUUUUCAAUGUGCUUGUUCAUUAGGGUGUGUAUUUUUUUGCAAUUUUUUUAUAACCUAAAAAACUGGUUAGGCACAUAAUAUGUUUGAUUUCGUUACAAAUUAUUAAUAUUUUUAAUUAAAAAUACAUAUGUAUAAUAAAAUUUUUGGUAAAAAACUUAUUAAAAAAAAUAACGGUUAUAAAAAAUUAAAAAAUAUUGUCAAAUUAUGAAUAUCUUACACUAAAAAUACAUAUAACAUAUAUUUAAAAAAAUAUUUUCUUAUAAAUUUAAAACUUUUUCAUAAUUUUAAACAUUUUUUUUUAUAAGAAUGUUUGUUAUGAUAAACUUUUUUCGUUUAUCAAGAACAUUCUUAUCAAAAAAACAUAAAAUGGCAUAAAUAUGGCGAAUACAUAUAUAUGUACAUAUGUACAUACAUGGCCUCCUACAUAUUAUGUAAAAAUAUAUAGCAGUUGUUUAAAAAUUCAAGUGUUGCGAUAUUUUUACUCAUCGGCCUAAAAAAAUUAUAUAAUUUUCGCCACAAAUCGAGUUAAACUCAAAAAAUCAAAGAAAUGCUGUUCCCUUUUCUUUGCUUUUCGAAUUUAUUAAUUUUUAUUUUUUAUAUCGCUUAAAAUAUUACAAGUGCAAUUAUGCAGAUUAAAAAAAAUAAAAUAAAAUUAGAGAUGAUUACUUUAUUCUCAAAGACAGCACAUUUAAAAACUUAAUUCCAAUCAAUAUUUCCAUUCAAUGCCGUAGACAUAAUAUUUCUUUUCAGUUUUUUGUGCUAACAUUUUUUAGGUUAGGAGGAAAAAUUGCUACAAAUUUUGUCGAAAUACACACCCUUAUUUAUAUUUAUAGUACAUAUUUAUCAUAGUAAUGUUUCUCAUAUUCUGAGCAUAUUUUGAUUUGAUUUAUCAAGUUAAUAAGUCUCUAUUCCCAAAAAAUUGUAAAAUCUAAAUGGCGACUCUCAGUAAACAAAUUAAAUUGUUUACGGAAUCACUCUUUCUCUCACCAGUCCGUUUAGAAAUGAAGUUUAUGUUAAAAUACCGAUAAAGUCAUUCGAAAGGAGCCUUAAGUCCUUGAUUCAUCAGCAAGUUAAGGCGUAUCAUUGUAAUUGAAGCCUUUGCAAAUUUAAAUAAGUUCUUUUACAUUUAUAUAAUAUCACUUCAAUCCUGAUUAUUAUUAUAAUACAAAAAUUAUUGAUUUAUCAAGCUGCCCUCACUGUACUACAUAUCCCAAGUCAAUUACGUGAAUUUGUCAAUUAACCACACAUCAAUUAAUUCUUCACGUUUAUCUAUUAAAUUUUAAAUAUGCAACGAAUUAAGAUCUAAAACAAUUUCAUUAAAAUUUUAAAUUAAUGUUUUUACCACUCAUUAAGAUUUCAUUUGAACUUCGUAUGAUUACGUAAAUAUCCGUCCCAGAGAGAAAUAAUGGACUAAUAAUUGGAAAGUAAAAUUGUUGUUUUUAUAAUUUUUUCGACAAUUCCUACAUUAAUAUGAGGGCAAUUUGAUAAAUCUUUGAUUAUUUACAUAUAAGGCACUUUUUGCGGUAAAAAUAUAUCGUAUAACAUAGUAUAAUAUUAUUUUUUAAAAUUUUUGAAAACAAAUUAUUGGUUAUCGCAGCCCUCUAACUUAACGCACCAGUAAAGAAGUUUGAAAAUAAAAACCAACGCGCAGCGACAAAAAAAAAAGCGUAUAUCACCUGGAUUUAUGUUGAUACUUUGCUUUUUUUUGUUGGAAAAAAUAAUGCUGGAAGCACUCAUAAAAUUCACUUUUCACUUUCAACACAUUUUACGACGUUAUUUCUUUCAAUUGUAUUACGUUUAUUAGUAUUUUUCUUUAAAAUUCCACUUAGUAAAGCAGUCACUGACCUAUCGCACCAAUUUUCGUAAGAUUAAAAACAAUUUUUUUACCAGACCUGUAACACCAUGCCGCGCCAAUAUGAUUAAGGCACCAAACACAUAAUUUUUUAAAUACAAUUUUUACUACAAAUAUAGUUUUUAAUUAUUUCAACGAAACCCUAUAACCCUAAGGAGCUAUGAUUUGUAGACGUUAAUAAAUAUUUGUAAUUUCACCACACAAUGUAUUUUUAAAGAUAUUUUAUCGACACAUUUUUGUUCUAAAACACAACUAAAAAGCUUUACUGUCCAUGUAACUAAUUGAUUUAUCAAAAAAUUAUCGCAAUAAUAUUUAACAAAAAACGCAAACAAUAUGUGCAAAACAAUCUAGUAGCAAAAAUGCGUAUUUAUUGAUUGUAUACACCGAAUGAAGCAAACAAAUAAAUACAGAUAAAUGAAUUGAUGCCUAUAAA